CCAAACACAGUUGCGUGUAAAAUAACGAAGAAGCGUCCGAGCCAAGAAAUCAAUCUCCAUUUGUUUAUUUAUCUCUUGGCUUUUAAUCCAAUCACGCAUUUCUGUAUAUAUAUCAUUUGGAUCUUUCUUUUCCGUGUAAAGCUUUCAAAGCUAGUUUUUACUCUGUCUCAAUUUCUCUCUACCAACAAGGCACAUUCCUUCCAAAGAAUCACAGAUCCUUCUUCCAAAGAAUAACGCUGCUAAAUAAAGGAGCUUGGAUUCCAGGUGUUGCAGGAGUGUUUAAGCCAGUGCUUGACGUGAAGGGGAAUAAAUAUGUUGGGGGAUUUCAUAACCAGAUGUCUUCUGCUGAUUCUUGGUUAUGCCUAUCCCGCACUCGAGUGUUACAAAACCGUGGAGAAGAACAGGGUCGAGAUCGAAGAACUCCGAUUUUGGUGUCAAUAUUGGAUCAUUGUGGCUAUACUUACAGCUCUUGAGAGGGUGGUGGACGUAUUCAUGACAUGGUUUCCUUUAUACGGUGAGAUGAAGCUGGCACUUAUUAUCUACCUAUGGUAUCCAAAGACCAAGGGAACCGGUUAUGUAUACGAGACCCUGUUGCAGCCGUACGUAGCUAAGCAUGAAACAGACAUCGACCAUAAGUUGUCGGAGUGGAGGGCAAGAAUGUGGGAUUUGGCCAUUUUCUAUUGGCAAAACUGCUCGGAAUUAGGACAGUCGGCAUUCUUCCAAGUCUUGCAGUACUUCGCUGCUGGAAGGUCCAAUCACACUAACAAUGAGAUGGCCCAGAAUCAUCGUUCGAGCACGCCCCAACCGCCCCCAAAUGGUGCAACCAACAACCAAGCCAGCCGGUCGGGCAAAAACAAGUGGCCUCCGAGUCCGAGUGCCCCGCCACUGCUCGGCAGCAUGUUCAACCGCGUUAUUGCCCAGCCAGCUCAAUCCGAUGUUGCACAAGUUCAACUCAACAACCAAGUAGAAUACUUGCACCCUGACGACGAGUACAACCAGGAGCGCGGCCCAGACGAUUCCCCGGAAAACCAUUCGAGAAAAAACUCGCACCAAGGUCACCUAAAGUUUAGGCGCUCUAAACCACACUAUUGAGAAUUGUACAAAUACCUUGAUUCUUUUCGGAAAAUUUGGAAAUCUUAUUUCAUUAUUUUCUUCUUGUAAUAUAUACUUUCCUGUUAUAAGCUCCAGACAUUCUCUCUGGGGUUUUCCAUUGAAAAUGGUGUAAAAAAAAAAAACCAGAUUCACACAAAAAAAAAAAAAAAAAACACAGAAGCUAUUCUGUCAAAUCACUUUCACACACAUACAAGUCAUGGGCAUCGGAAGGUCGCCGUGAAGGAGGGCGAUUGCCGUCAAUGUGACCGACGCUAUCUCCUCGUCCGGAUUCGAAAGGCGUGGAGAAUCCGAUCGAGAAGCUCGGUCAUGGCAGGAACGAGAUGGCUUUGAAUAAAGGCGAGGCAGGCGGUGAGGCUUGUGGAGAGUCUGAAGCAGAGGCGGCGGAGGAAGUGUGGGCCGGAGGAGCUUGGGGAGGAGGACAUGGGCUGGAGAUAGGCCCAUGCGGCCUGCUUCACGAGGCGGUUGCGGAUUGAUAUCUGGUACCCUGAGUUAGCGGCGGUGGGGGACGCGACGGCGGCGUCGGAGGAGGAGGGAAGCAGGUCUUUCAAGGAGGUGUAGGCCAGAGAGGACUUGAGGGAGGAGACGAGCUCGAAGUCUAGAGAAGGUGCGGUGCCGUUUUGGAAGGGGAAGCUGUGGGAACCGUGAAGCGGCUUGGUGGUGGUGUUUGGGGGAGAGAACUUUGCGGGGACCUCCACCGGAGUGGCGAUCGAGUUCCUGCGUCGUAGAGCCGAUGAUCGCCUCGGCGGCGGCUGCUCUGGAUUAAGCUCGGCGGAGUGGUCCAUAUAGAAUUCCAGAAGGGGUGUAGAGAAAGACGGAGGGAUUCAGUUCCAAGUAAAAAGACAAUGGUUUGGCAGCCGCGGCUACCUCUUGAGCCUGUACGACUGUUGUCUCCAUCUUUUUAUCCGACGGGUGGGUGCGUGAAUGUGGAUCAUGUGUUGUGUUGUGUUGUGUUGUCUGUGGUUUCCGAAAUUCCCUUUCUGCCUAGAACAUUUCCGAUAUUAUUCUU